AUGCAAUCGAUUUUCGUUAUAUCCGUUACGAUUUUCGUAAAUGCAUUUGCUUAUCACGACCCUGAUUACAACUACCACCUUAGUCAAGUGCAGAAAAUUGAAGGAUGCGGUGAUUCUGGAUACUCGUAUCCCGUACCUGCCGCACGGCUAACGACUGACGUCUCCUCAAGCCAGUAUUCCGGAGCCUACCAACAGCAAGCAAUACAAAAUGUUGCAUACCAACCUCCUUUAGUUUCCCAAACGAACUACGCAGCACAGACCGCCAAUCAGAAUGAUUUCCACGGGUACGUGACAUCCGCUGGCUUAUCAUCAGCAGCCUCAACCGAAAGGAGGAUAACACCUUCGGCAACAUAUGCACAAGCUCCAAUCAUAUCCAAAGUCACCGCUGCACCUUUGAUUGCUAAAUUUUCUUUUUUACCUGAUAAAACCUCAUACAUAACCAACAAUUUAAAUACCGCGCAGUCAAUUACGGCAAGCUCCGCGAAAGCGUCCCUCAAUUCAUACAGCGUCCAAUCUGGGCCAGUCGUUUCUCAAGUAUAUGCAGCGCCAUCGGUAGGGUAUGCAACGUCACCGGCACUUAGAAUUGAGCUGGCUAACCAGUUUUCGGCAUCAGGCUACGCCAACACAUCUCCUUUGAUAGGCCAGUACCAACAAGCUGCACCUGCAGUUCAAGUGGCACACAGAACACCGGCAGUAAUCCAACAAACAACAACUGCUACCUUGGGAUAUCAAUACAACGCCCCAACAGUUGCACAGUACCACGCCCAGGCGGGUAAUCAAUACAAUGCUCAAUUAAGUCUACCAGCUGUUGGCCAAGCACAGUAUUCAGCUCCUGCUAUCGCGCUUCAGCACUCCGCGCCAGCAGUAGCUCAGUACUCAACACCGGCUGCAGGAAUAACGGAGUAUAACGCCCCUUCUGUCACAAUCCCCUCAUUAGUCCAGUAUUCAGCCCAUGCUGGUGCAAUCCAACAUUCAACCCUGGCAGCGUCGCAAUACUUUACCCCGGCAGUACAACAAUCUUCUUCAUCAGUAGCCCAGGGACAUCGAUCCAACGGAGUUAAAAAUGUGCACACGGACUUCUUGGAAAAUUACGAUGCUCAUCCCAGAUACGCUUUUGAAUAUGGAGUAAAUGAUCCUCAUACUGGUGAUGUUAAACAACAAAAGGAGGAAAGAGACGGAGAUGUAGUCAGAGGUCAGUAUUCAUUGGUGGAACCGGACGGAUCGGUGCGGACAGUGAACUACGUAGCAGAUUGGGAGACCGGUUUUCAUGCUAACGUCCAAAAUAGCAAAGAUAAUCAACAU